AUCUCAGAAAUUUUUCGGCCGCGGACAAGGAAGCACAGAAAUAUGUCGAGUAUUCCCAUAAAUUCCGCAAAGUACCAUCCAACUGCAAGUUACUAAGUUUUGGAGCCCAAAGUUGCCUUAACGCUGCAGAAUCGCUCACUCGCUCGUCCGCGGCCCCACGACACGGAUUGUCUCGUUCUUUUUUGAGUGUGUGUGUGUGCCAGUGCCAGUGCCAGUGCCUGCCCCCCCUAAAUAUACAUAUACAAAUAGUGCAUAGCCGAUUCCAGUGAUUCAUAUCCCAGAUAAUGAGCCAAUUGUUCAGAGAAUAACUCCAAGGAGAGAAUAACUCCGCGCAAAAGAGCAGACCAGUAAGCCGCCAGUGGAGUGGAUAUUGCCAGGGCCGCCGCCACGCCAUUAUGCUGGUGCCGUCGGACAUGAUCGCGGCACAAUCCAAGAUGGUCUACCAGAUGAACAAGUACUGCGCGGACAGGGUGCAGGUGCGGAAGGCGCAGAUCCACAAGCAGAUCCAGGAGGUGUGCCGCAUCGUCCAGGACGUCCUCAAGGAGGUGGAGGUGCAGGAGCCGCGCUUCAUAUCCUCCCUGAACGACUACAACGGCCGCUUCGAGGGCCUCGAGGUCAUCUCGCCCACGGAAUUCGAGAUCAUCAUCUACCUCAACCAGAUGGGCGUUCUCAACUUCGUGGACGACGGCACCCUGCCCGGCUGUGCGGUCCUCAAGCUGAGCGACGGCCGCAAGCGCUCCAUGUCCCUGUGGGUGGAGUUCAUCACGGCCUCGGGGUAUCUGUCGGCCCGGAAGAUCCGCUCCCGCUUCCAGACGCUGGUGGCGCAGGCGUGCGACAAGUGCGCCUACCGCGACAUCGUCAAAAUGAUCGCCGACACCACGGAGGUGAAGCUGCGGAUCCGGGAGCGCAUCAUUGUCCAGAUAACGCCCGCCUUCAAGUGCGCCGGCCUCUGGCCGCGCUCCGCCUCCCACUGGCCGCUCCCGGGCAUACCCUGGCCCCAUCCCAACAUCGUUGCAGAGGUUAAGACUGAGGGCUUCGACAUGCUCUCCAAGGAGUGCAUCGCCCUCCAGGGCAAGAACUCCGCCAUGGAGGGCGACGCCUGGGUGCUGAGCUUCACCGACGCCGAGAAUCGUCUCCUGCAAGGGGCCAGUCGGCGUCGCUGCUUGAGCAUAUUGAAGACGCUGCGGGAUCGCCAUCUGGAUCUUCCCGGUAACCCGGUGACGUCGUACCACCUGAAGACGCUGCUGCUGUACGAGUGCGAGAAGCAUCCGCGGGAGAUGGAGUGGGAGGAGAACUGCAUCGCGGAUCGCAUCAAUGGCAUCUUCCUGCAGCUGAUCUCCUGCCUGCAGUGCCGUCGCUGUCCGCACUACUUCCUGCCCAAUAUGGAUCUGUUCAAGGGCAAGUCGCCCGGCGCCCUCGAGAACGCCGCCAAGCAGGUCUGGCGUCUCACGCGCAUCAUGCUGACCAAUGUCCGAUGCCUGGAGGAGCUUUAGAGUGGGGACAGAGCAGAGCGCAUCUCCAGAUCUCUUUUUCUUUUUGUUUUACUCAAAUA